AUGCUGCGCUUGUGUGCUCGACGCUUAGGCAAUGCCAAGUCAGCGUCGCACGUAUACGAACUGCGCACCUACGUGCUAGCACCCGAGAAGUACGACUCCUUCCACCAGCUCUCUAUGAAAUAUAUGCCGCAGCGUCCACGGAUUGGUAGCUGCCAGGGCUGCUGGACUGUUCAGCUUGGCGGCGUCAACCAGUACAUUCAGAUUUGGGGAUACGAGAACUUGAAGCACCGCUACGACUGCCGCAAGCAGUUGGAGCAGGAUCAGGAGUGGUUUCGCACAUAUGUAAAGCCGGCUGAUUAUAUGAUUAUCUCCAAAUCCAACGCACUGCUGCGCCUGGUGUACCGCGAGGGUAAUGCCAGCACGCAGAGCUACAAGUAUCUCAUUCAAGUCUCGCCGCACAAGGAAGUGGAGCUGUCGGGACCGAGCGCCAUUCUCGCGGCCACCUUCCAGGUUAUCGUUGGCGAGGAGGAGGGCAAGUACAUUCACCUCGUGAAGGGGCACAACCUAGACGACGUCAUUCCGGUGACGCCAACGUUGGGGUGCUCCUCCAAGAUCAUGGGUCCGGUGCGGUGGUCAUCUACAAUGAACUGCCUCUGGCGUUGA